AUGGUGUUGCCAUUGGACAUGGUCAGGGGACUCUGGUCCAUAGCAAUUACAUCAUGCAUCGCGGCGCUUAUCUACUUCUUUUCGAAGUUCUAUGCUGCACGUCAGACGAUAUGGCGAAUGCAAAAAGCGGGAUUGCCAACACCGGAUUAUUCUUCCCUGGGCGGGCACUUUCCGCUCAUAAAGAAGAUCAUGGAAACUCUACCGUCAGACAGUAUCAUCCACAACAUCAUGUGGAAGAUAUCAGAAGACUACCCAAACGGUAUCUUCUAUCUGAGCCUUUGGCCUUUCGGCGGCACUAUGAUGGUCCUUGCAGACGCCGACGCAGCGUCUCAGCUCGAUAGCUGGGCACUCAGUAAAGGAGUCGACAUCAUCGACCCUAUCGAGAAGGUGACUGGCGGGAAGAGCUUGUUGACCAUGAAAGGAGAUGAGUGGAAGCAUUGGCGACGCUUGUUCAACCCGGGGUUCAGUGCCGGGUACAUGAUGGGUUUGGCGCCUGUCAUCGCAGAUGAAGUGGCCCUUUACCGGCAGAAGCUCCUGGCGAAAUGCGAGACUGGACAGAGCCAAGUGUUCCUACUUGAAGAUCUGACUUUGAGGAUGACCUUUGAUAUCAUAGGGUCCGUUGUGCUGAAUACUCGACUUGGUCAUCAGACUCGGGACCACCCUUUGGCAGCAGCUCUUCGAAAACAGAUAGAAUGGACGUCCUUCCGUGAACCACUAAAUCCAGUAGAAAGGUAUCUCAACAUCCGUCCGCUCGUCCUGUGGCUCAACGGGAAGAAGCUGGAUCAGUAUUUAUCUGUAGAGAUCGACCAAAUACUUGCGGACCGUUCUGCAAACUUGUCCCAUUCAAACGACACAACGCGCUCGAAGUCGAUAGCUUCACUAUUCAUCGACGAGUAUCUUAAGGACUUGGACGAGGAGGGCCUAGACAAGGGAGAGGACGCCGAUACCACCUGGAAGAUCAAACACAUCAUCACACCUCAGGUACGGCUCUUCCUGUUCGCAGGUCAUGAUACGACUAGCAGCACCCUUUUGUACUGCUACUAUCUCCUCUCUCGGAAUCCGGAGAUUGUAUCUCUUAUCAUAGCUGAACACAACAAAGUCUUCGGAACCGACCCGUCACAGGUUCAGGAUAAAGUCCACAGAGACCCGCAACUUCUCAACCAGAUACCUUACACCGUCGCGUUCAUCAAAGAGGUGCUGCGCAUAUUCGCUCCUGCUGGUGCUAUGCGCCAAGGACGUCCCGACGUCCAGAUAGUCGACGCGGAUGGUCGCGUACUCCCCACAAAAGGUUGCCACGUCUGGACUCUUGUUCAGGCCAUACAUCACAACCCCAAAUACUGGAAAGAUCCCGAUGCUUGCAUCCCUGAGCGCUGGCUUGUUGGCCCGGGAGAUCCAUUGUAUCCCCAUAAGGGCGCCUGGCGGCCUUUUGAGUGGGGUCCACGGAAUUGUAUCGGACAGACAUUAGCAAUGAUCGAGUUGAGAGUAGCGUUGGUUAUGACUGUGCGGGAGUUCGUCAUCAAGCCUGCAUAUGAAGACUGGGAUAAGCUUUAUCCAAAAUCCGGUAUUCGCAGCGUCAAUGGCAAUAGGGCGUAUCAAGCACACAAGGGUGGAGGCGGAGCACAUCCUGCAGAUGGGUUUCCUGUGAAGAUUGGUCUGCGACACGGUUGA